UCUGCGAGGGACCCCCCAUUAAUUUCUUGGUAGAGGUGGCUAAUCAAACAGCGUAUUUCUCUUGGGAGCCUCCAACAUUGAAGGAUUGCCUUCAAGGUGUAAUACGUCAUUAUCGACUGGUCAUUAAGGAGGAAUCAAAUCACAGCGCAGUAACUGAGGUUUUAUUACCAGAUAUCCUUUUACAGACCAAUGUCACUGAACUCAAGAAUGGCGUCCGCUACCUAGCAACUAUAACCACAUGGACACGUCCUGAUCUACCCUUCGGCCCGGAAGCCAACGUUUCCUUUCUUGUUGGCUCUUUAGCAUCGACCUCGUCGUUGUUCCCGUCAAGCACCCAGAUUCUGACAUCGUCCUCAAGCCUGACGUCUGUUUUUCCAACGAGCUCCUUCCAAUCCAAUCACAAUGCUACCAGCAUCGCCAACUCCUAUUCCAUUAACCCUAAGCCAUCAUCUAGUCCCAGCCGUUCACAGUCGACAGUUGCUUGUGUGUCUUCAUGGGAGGGGUGGGGCGAGUGGAGCACUUGUAGUAGGACCUGCGGCGAUGGCGUACGCAUGCGUGUUCGCAUGCACUCCCCCUGUCACCUUGAAGCAUCGGAGUCUGGAACGGCAAGCGAGCAGGAAACGGAAAAAUGUAACGUGCAGCAAUGCACAGAAAUCGAUUUGAUCGUAACUGUUAACAUAACUGGUGAGACGUGGAGUGACAGCCUGCUAGACAACAGCAGUUUGGAAUUUCGUGAGCUCGAGCAGAAAAUCGCUAGAAAUGUGGCCGAGUUUUAUGGUAGUAAGAACGUGACGAAUGGAACAACCCUUCUUUCGUGCAGGAAGGGGAGUGUGAUCAGCACUUUCAGCAUCAAGUUCAAGAAGUCGUUCUCUGAUGAGCUGCUGACCCUUCAGGAAAUGAUGGAAGUCAAUCAGUCCAUCAGUAACAUCAGUCUCCGGCUACUACAACUCUCAAUUAGUCAAAUGUCAGAUUUGACUCCGCCUUCAAUCGCAAGCUUCAAUGAACUAACUCCCGACUCAAUACAGAUCACGUGGAACCCUGUAACCAUGGCAAUCCCGUUGCUUGGUUACAUCAUAUAUUACCGUUCGAGUGAGAACAGCACGUGGCUUUCUCGCCUUUGCGCAGACUGUACCGUCUCUACGGCCGUGGAAGGACUCGCCACGGAUACCGAGUACCGGUUCCGUGUACAAGGCGUGACUAGUAUUGGCAAUACCCUCGUGGGACCCUACAAGCUGUAUCGGACCCCGGUUAUCGCACCAAUAAAAGCUUUGCCAGGAAUUCGUGCCAAGCCCCUCACGUCCACGAGUGUCACGGUGGAAUGGGAUCCAUUACAGCCGCUGACCGCAGAGGGAGGUGACCUGGUCUCUCACAAAAUCAUCGCAGUUGAACGAGAUUCGGGCGAGGUCACUCAGCUUACCACCAAUAGCUGGACAAACUGGGUGAUACUGCGUGACCUGAAGAAGUUUACUUGGUACUACGUUCGAGUUGUGGGGCUGACUAAAGAUGGCUUAGGUCCAUCGAACGCUGGCGUGGCGGUCCAAACUAAGGAAGACGUUCCCAGUGCUCCUCCAGAGAAUCUAAGCAUCCGGGACAUGCUGGACACGUCUACCAUAAUUGUAAGCUGGGACCCUGUACCCAGGCCCUCCCGUAAUGGGAUCAUCAAGGGCUACACCUUAUCCUACACGGCGACGUCACUCAAAGGCGACAAGGAGAGCCCGAUUGAGGUGGACCUCCCUGCCGACGCCUCGCAGGUCGUGCUCGACAAGCUUAGUCCGUCUUCUACUUAUCGCAUCUCACUGUCUGCGUACACCGCUAGGGGUGGCGGAAAAAGCGUUACUGCAACUGGAGCCACCUGUAGAUGUCCAAAGGAACUCCAAACCAACUGGUGGGUCAUCCCACCGUAUCUCGUCACAGCCCCUGGGGAUAGUGAGCCUGAUGGCAUCUUCGGACCGCUUGUUCAGCAGAUGUUUUCAGAAGUGUGUGGGUUGUGUAUGAAUGGCCACAACGAAACCUUUUUGCGCUUCAAUACUUCAGGGAGCGGUCGCAUUGCGAAAAAGAAAUCCCAGCUUGCGGUCAUCCGGGAAAUUGAUGACAUCACAGACAUCAGCUUUCCGAUUAGCGGGCGGAAGGACGAUACUAGAUACAUGGAUAAGUAUGCCUACCUGCCUCUGGUGGAGUCCCCAGGGAUUGUUUUCAUUGUCACUCGAGGGAAUGCUGGCACCGAAAAGACCAACACCCUGAGCGCGUCCCUGGUCGCCUGCUGGCCUGUGGUUGCACUUUUCGUUUUCAUGAGCUAUAUCGUGGGGGCGGUCCUUUGGUUCACGGAGAAAAAGGGCAACGCAGUGCAGUUUCCGCCGGCUUUCAUCAAAGGUGCAUCGGAGGGGUUUUGGUUCAGCUUUGUUACCAUGACGACAGUUGGGUAUGGUGACCGCGUGCCCCUUAGCAAUGCAGGUCGACUGAUAGCUUUUUGGUGGACGCUGAUUGGCCUGGUGAUGGUGUCAAUUUUUACUGGUGUCAUUACGUCAUCGCUGACGGCAACUGCCGUGUCUCUCAAUAAGGAGAUAAUGCUAUACGGGACAAAUGUUAGUGCCAUUGCGAAUUCAACUGAAUUCAGAGUUGGAAUUUUAAAGAAUGCGCGAAUGUUUCCUUUUCCCGACAUGGAGGAGUCGUUCCGGGCCGUCCUAAGGGGGGAGGUGAAGGGAAUGCUGGUUGACGCCUAUGUCGCCAGCAGUAUGCAGCAUCUCUUUGCGGGACAAGACGUGUACGUGAACAGAGUCAUUGAUCGCUCACUCAGCUACGGCAUUGUCCUGUCCGGGCAGGCCGUCCGGCUGGAGUCCGCCUGUAGCGAGUAUAUGACCACCCACAAGGAACACAUUGUUAGACUUAUAAAAGCUAACGUCAAGUUGCUCAAUCUUGACGCGAAGUCCGAAGUCUUUGCAAACAACACGUCAGGUGCAGUAGACAAAGUGUCCGAUUUGUCCGGUGCGUCCGAGGCACGUCCCCUUGUUACAUUUGAACAGGUACUGUUCAUAGUGGGUGCGUCGUUUGGCGCAUGCGUACUACUUGGGUUGACAUGGCAGGUGUACUACUCCAUCAAGAAGAAAAACGAAAAUCAUUCGAAGAUAGACAGCGAUUCCAAGAAAGCCAUCAUUGAGUUGCGUGAGAUGGUUGAGGAGUUCCACGGCACGUUUGUGAAUCUGUCACUGCGGCUAAAGCGAGAACGCACAGAACACACACGAUGUCUUCUUAAGAGGAGAAAAGCGAUGGGUAUGGCGUGGAAGCCGCUGGGCAAUACCACAACCUCAAGCAUCUUAUAAAAACCUUACAGAAAGGACAUCUGAACUCGACAAAGUUAUUCAUAUCCAAAUAAGAUCGCACCCGAGAAUCCAUGUGUCGUUGUUAAUUGGUUCAUGGGUAAACAUAUAAUUAGCUGAGAACUGAUCUUUGAAAGUGAAUGCUUGCAACUUUCCAAAGCCGAUUUUGCUUUUAUUUGGAUUUUUAUUUAUUUUACUGCUGGUUUACACACAUGGUUGUCUACCAAAAAUGGUUAAACUCUUACCUUGAAAAAUAGUUUUUUCUGUAAUUAUCAGUUUCCCAUGCAUAUAAAACACAUGAUAAAAAUAAUGAUUUUUCUAGUUUUAUGGAAGGAUAUGUAACAUAAAGAGAGGGUUUCACUCCACUCGGGCUAUAGAAUAGCAGUCUAAAGAGUGUCGAAUAAAAGUAGUAUUUGUCCUGUU